AUGUUCCCACCGGAUAAGAGCCCAAAGGAGAAGAAGCCAAACGUGUUCAUCUGCCAUAGAAGGUUAGAUGGGCUCGAAGACCGAACUUGGGAAAUCAGUCCUACCAGUCCCAGCCGAAUAGCGAACUGCAAAGACGCCGUGGAGAUGGACAACCGCAUCCUGAGCGAGCUGAACAUAUCAAAGACAGGCGCCCAGUCGAGCAUACACGACGUGAAUCUCCUGUACCGUACCGUCAAUGAGCUGAUGACCCUCAGCGCGGAAGCCCAUUUGGAUGAAAAGAUGUUGGAGUAUUACUGCAUCCCGCGAUCCAUCAUAAGCGAGUACAACCGAUUAGGAAUUUACGAGCUAUACAAGGAGCAGGCGGAUUGCUUAAGGAGCAUCCUUCAGAACGAGCAAGUCGAAAAGAAUGUGCGAAGUGAGGUAGACGACAAAGCGGCGGAGGGAAGAACUCCCGACGGAAGACAUCCCCAAAACGGAGACUCCUUUUUCAACGCGGAGUUCUUCACCCCCCUGGAGGAAUUGAAACAGAGGGAUGAAGAGAAAAGAGACCGUGAAAUAUCCUCACAGAGGGGGCCAACGAAUGGGCGCGAAAUAUCACCAGAAAGGAGACCAACAAAUGGGCGCGAAAUAUCCCCAGAAAGGAGACCAACAAAUGGACGCGACCUAUCCCCACAGAGGGGGCAAGCGAAUGAAUGCAAACCAUCCACACAGGGGAAACCACCAAACGCACACCUCUGUGACGACAAAUGGGGCACACCAUACGCGAACAAUGACACAAGGAACAACUCUGUUUACAAGAAUUUCCUAUUCAGCAUCCCAACCGGGAUGGGAAAGACCAUAAUAUACGACAUUUUAAUCAUUCGACUGGUCCUUUACCAGGGGUACAGAGCUAUAGUAACCCUCCCAACGGUGUCACUCAUUAAUGAAAAAAAUGAUUACUACGAGAAGCUGCUCGGAGAAGACACCGUGUCACUAAAUAUAAAAAAAUUUAACAGCUCCAAUUUUACUGGGUACUCGUACAGCCUGUCCACCGACAUUGCCCUGUGCACGUAUGAACAGGCCAACAUCAUACUCAACAUUAUUAUAAAAAAUAACCUCAAGUGCAAUUAUAUUUUCAUUAUUGACGAAAUUCACUACAUUAAUGAUAUGCAGAGGGGUUUUUUCAUUGAGUCUUUGCUCACGAAAGUUAAGUACAUCCAGCGGAAUUUCGAGAGUGUCUUUAACAUCCGAGUAUACGGCUUUUCCGCGACUUUGCCGAAUGUGGACCAGAUCGGCGACUGGCUGGACGCCAAGGUGCACGUGAGCAAGGAGAAGCUGCAGAAGAUAAAGCACUUGUACAAGAUAGAGAACGGGAUAUACAGAGAUAUACACAAGAAGGAGCUGGAGAGGACGCUGGGAGUGCCGUUCUAUCUGGACCCAGAUCAUCUGGUGUACCUGCUGACGGAGGAACUCAUUCUGCAGCGGAACGUUCUGAUCUUUUGUCCAACGAGGAAGAAAAGCGAAAAGGUGGCGUAUUUUAUAAGCAACAUUAUGCCAUAUUAUUUGAAAAACAGGAAUUACAAGGUGAAGGGGGAAGUACUCGAAAGAAGGGUGAAGCUUGUGAGCGAACUGAAGGAGAUGAGCGUUAAAAUUCCGGACGUGGAUAAGUUAAUCCUGAGUGGCAUUUUCUAUCACCACUCGCAGCUGGAGAAGAAGGAGAAAGCAAUAGUGGAAGGUGCGUUUCGCAGCUACACCCUUUUCUGUCUGUGCUGCACGACGACCCUGUCCGUGGGGGUGAACUUCAACGUGCACACGAUAAUCAUUCGUAGCAUACAGGUGGGCACCGCGUUCCUGACGAGGGACCAGCUCGUGCAGAUAGCGGGGCGUUGCGGCCGCGUGAGGAAGGCGCGCGGGGGGAGCGCGAUGAGCAGCAGAGUAAGCAAUGGGGCGGUGAGUAGCAGAGUAAGCAGUGUAGUAGGUGGGGCGCUAAGCAGUAGCGAAGCUUCCGCGUCCCCCCCCGUGAGGGACUACGACCUGGACUGCGACGGGAAGGUGCUGAUCUUCCUCACGCCGUGCGAUAAGGCGUACAUGGAAAAAAUCCUCCAUGAUGACGGAGAUGUGUGCAAGCUGAAGACAAAGCUCCACAACUUCCAAUUGUGCAAAUUCAUCCUGGAGUUCAUCGAGCUGAAUCUGAUCAAGACGAAGAAGGACAUGAUAGACUUCCUCUCCUUGUACACACUGAAAUUUUUUAAAAUGGACCAAAAGGAGGAAAAGAAAAAUCGUGCCAGUUGUAGAAGCUCUCUCAACUGUAGAGACCUCAUCAUGCAGGAGGUAAAGCAGACAUUCCAGUAUCUCUUCGAGAACAAACUGAUCAUCAUACCGUAUGAGAAGCAGCAGUGUUACUAUUACUAUUUGUUUGCUAAAAUAUAUAACGUCAAUCUUUACAAAAUGGAAGAACACAUUUUCGACUUCCACUUCCUGUGCCAGUACAUUAACGUGGAGACGCUAAUUAAAUGUAACUUACAGCAGAAAAUGGACUUAUUUAAAAAAUUGCAGAGGGGCUACAAAGGGGAGGAGUCCACGAAGCAGUCCACGAAGCACACGACGGAGUGCAUAGAGGAGGCAAAAGAGAAGUCCUUUUUCCCCCUCCCCUUCUUAACCAUUCUCCUCAUUUUCAAGGAUACACAGAUUAAUCCAAAUCUCUUCCAAAAUCUGUUCGUGCAAUUUGUGAAAUAUUUAUUUCUCGUUAAUAUUAACAGCAAGCCAUUCGAUUUUUACGUAUAUGACAUUUUGAGGGACGACGAUGUGAUUGCCUGCACGGAGGUUUCUCCGUAUGUACACCCCAUUCCCAACGCGCUGGACUUCAUUUUCAACUUCUCCUUCAUUCAGUACGUGUACGUCAAAGGCUUCCCUACGGAUCUCCUGUUGAUGAUUUUCGUCUUCUGCGUCAACUCAGAGAUUUCGCUCAAAAUCCACUUUGAUGUGUACGAGGAGGUGCUCACGUUUAGCAGUGGCCCCGAGGGGGGGGACGUGCGGAAGAUUUUUCACUACUUCGAUCUGAGCAUGGACAAGCUGAAGCGCUUCAAGGGGUGCAGCAGCGACGACCUUUGCGCCGACGGCGCCAAGAAAAUUCUGCGCGGCGAGAUCAACAUAGACGAGAUCUGCGAGAACUUCGAGUGGGUCAAAAUCAAGCGCUUCUACCUUUCCCUCAUCGUGUAUGACCUGUUCAGGGAGGACAUCUAUACCGUGGGGCGAAAGUACAGACUCAAAACGAAGGAAAUAAAAAAACUGUACGUGAAGUGCUGCUACAACCUGGCCUUCAACUGCAAAGUCUUGCGCAACUUUAAAAAUUCUUUGUAA